UCGCCAACAACCAUCGAAGAAGAAGUGGACGGAAGCGCAACAGAAAACAUGGCGGCUCCUUGUGUGGACACACUCAGGACAAAUCUGUGAACACACAGACACACAGACACACACACAGACACACACACAGACACACACACACACAGAGACAGUGUCAGCAUGUGGACGAAGACAGCACGAGCUUCUCUCAGAGUCCUCCACCACCUCCAGGCCGGGUGGAGGAGCAGGUGGACUGACCGGGGACAGCGACAGCUCUGCAGGCUGCUGUCUUCAUCUGGACCCCCGUGGAGGCUCCUGUUCUUCGGCUCCGAUCAGUUCGCUGUGGAGUCUCUGAAAGUCCUCACAGACAGCAGGAGCAACAGUGAAGGGGUGGUGGAGUCUCUUGAAGUCGUCACGCUGUUCGCUGACGUCCCAGUGAAGAGGUUUGCACAGCAAAACCAGCUUCCACUGCACAGCUGGCCCCCUGACAAUGUGGACGGACGGUUUGAUGUCGGGGUGGUGGUGUCUUUUGGCUGUUUGCUGCCUGAGAGACUGAUCAACAAGUUUCCACACGGGAUUUUAAAUAUUCACCCCAGCCUGUUGCCGAGGUGGCGAGGUCCAGCACCCAUCUUCCACACCAUCAUGCACGGCGACACCGUGACGGGAGUCACCGUUAUCCAGAUCCGUCCUCACAGGUUUGACGUGGGGCCUAUUCUCAACCAGGAGCUCCAUCAGGUCCCAGAGAAAUGUACCGCUGAUGAGCUCGGAGCGAUCCUUGCCACCAAGGGAGCACAUCUGCUGAUGGAUACGUUGAUGACACUGUCUGAGAGAAUGGCUCAUAAAAGGGAGCAAAGACAGACGGGUGUUACAUUUGCCCCAAAACUCAACGCGUCCAUGAGCUGGAUGGUGUGGGAGGAGCAGACUUGUGACCAAAUCGAUCGUCUGUAUCGUGCCCUUGGAUCUUGGAUGCCUUUGAGGACCUUAUGGAUGGGCAGGACGGUAAAACUUCUGGAUUUUGUAGGAAAGUGUCACAUUUCAUUAUCAGACGAAAGGAGGAGGCCGGUCCCUGGCUCAGUGAGCUAUCAGAAGGAGACCAACACUCUGGCUGUCUGCUGUAAGGAUGGCUGGGUGGGAUUCAAGGCGGUGCUCCUGAAAAAAAGGCUGACAGCAGCUGACUUCUAUAAUGGCUACCUGCAUCAGACAGCUGAAGGACUGUUUGUUAGUAAAAGAAGAGAAAGUCAGACUCAUCAGAUGAGAAAGAACUUGACGUUGUGACGCCACAACAAUCAUUUUCUUCCUUUGACAUGAACGCUGCAGAUGACACCAGCUAAUGGAGUUUACUGUAUUUCAUGUGUUACUCUUGUCUGUUUUAAGACAUCUAUGUGAAGGCCUACAGUACAUCUAAUGUAUUUAUACUGUACACUUGAAAUAAAUGAAUGUACUGAUGGCUGAUA